UUGACAACACAAACGUCAAUAUUUAUUUGAGGAUGAAGAACAAAGUACCAGGUUAAAGAAGGAAAUAUUUGGUCUAGAGAAGAUUGAAAUCGUGGUAAAGGCGACUGAACGUCUGAAACAUCGAGUCAGUGAUGCUUCAACCUUUAUAAAUCGAGGGAGAUAUGGCAGAUUUGAUUCGAAUGGGGAGCAGCCAUGGGGCAGUAGUGAAGGAAAAAUUAGGAUCACCCAGUACCGGAAGUGAGGACGGAAACGACCAUGAUAUCCAAGGAAUACCAAAACCCGAGACCGAAGAGCAGGAUCUCGGCGAUUCAGCGCAUUAUGCCCCUUCAGAGACUCUUUGGUACCAUGGUAGACUUGAUCGGUUUCAAGCCGAAGAAAGGCUGUGGAAAAGUAACAAGUUGGGGAGCUAUUUGGUCAGGGAAAGCGACAGGAAACCUGGCUCGUACGUGCUCUCAUACCUUGGGAGGACUGGGAUGAACCAUUUUAGGAUCACAGCAGUCUGUGGGGAUUUUUAUAUCGGUGGAAGGCAGUUUGCGUCUUUGAACGACUUGGUUGGGUAUUACACAGAAUGUAGCGAUUUGUUGAAAAGGGAGAGGUUGGUGCACCCCGUUGCUCCACCUGAACCAGUUAAUGACAAGAAGAGAGUAGUCGCUAUCCUUCCUUAUACGAAAAUGCCUGAUACUGACGAAUUGACGUUCAAGAAAGGCGAUAUAUUCUUCGUUCACAAUGACAUGGGAAACGAUUGGCUCUGGGUGACCGCCCAUCGAACCGGAGAACAGGGUCUGAUUUUUAGGGAAUUGGUGGAGGAUCUGGACGAUAGCAUAGAUCCCAACACCGUUUUUCCGUGGUUUCACCCCAACUGUACAAAAAAUGAGGCUGUAGAUCUUCUUGUUAAAGCGGGUCCUGGUAGCUUUUUGGUGCGUCCCAGCGAUAACUCUCCAGGGGAUUACUCGUUGUUCUUCCAUAUCAACAAUCAGAUCCAACGUUUCAGGAUAGAGAAAAAGGGGGUUAGGUAUUUGAUGGGCGGUAGGAUAUUUGAGUGUUUGGACGCCGUCAUCAACAGAUAUAGGAAAGAGCAGAUCGUCGAAGGCCAUACUUUGCAACAUCCUCUGGUUGUUGACGGUAGCACCCAGUUAGAUUGGGUUUUGGACAAUCCCAAGGCCAAGUCUGAGGCUGAAAAAAUUUAUGCUACCCUGAGAGAAUGCAGGGACCAGGCCGGUCUCAAGAAAAUGCGUGGUAUAAAGCACCAGGGUUAUCUGCACAGGAAAUCGGACAAGGCCGCUAAGAAGUGGAAAUUGUUGUAUUUCGUGCUGCUCGUGGAGGGUAUAGAUACGUACCUGUACUUGUACGAGAACCCCAAGAGAACGAAGCCCAAGGGACUUAUCGAUCUGUCUUGCGCCUAUCUUUAUCAGGUGCACGACAGCCUCUGGGAACGGCCCCACUGUCUCCAAUUGGUCGAACGCGCCCUACCCUGCCUGUCGACCGUCACCCAUCUGGCCGCCCCCUCCACCGAGGAGUGCCAGGAGUGGAUAAACGCGCUGAAGCCGCUGUGCGUGACGCAGCAGAGCAAGGCGACCAGCAAAGUGCCAAGGUUGAGGGAGCUGCGCUGCCUCACGCUCCAGAUCCUCGACGCUCACCGACUGCCAUUCAAGCUAGUGCCACAACCCUACAUAACGAUACAGUUCAACAAUCAGGUCAGGAUAGCCAAGACGAGGACCAAGUCGGCUCCCGAUCCCGUCUGGGACGAGGAGUUCAUAUUCGACGACGUGCCAUGUGACGUAGUAUCGUUCACCCUAACUGUAUAUAAUAAGGGUAAGAGGGGCAAGGACACCGAGGUGGCCGAGCUCCACGUCAACCUGGACUCCUUGGGUAACGGCGAAGAAAGAGAGGAAUGGUACGCCCUCUCCGGCCUCACCCCGAUGGGAGAAUGGGGCUCUUUGAGGUUAAGAACUAGGUAUCUACACGACCUGGUGAUGCCCGCCGAGGAGUACAGCCCGUUGCAGCAGUUGCUGCUGGAACCCGGCCUCGCUUCGGUCAAAACGCUGGCGGAGAUAUGCCACGCCGACAGGGCCCCCUUGGCCACGGCGCUGCUGAGGGUGUUCAGGGCGGAGGGCAGGGAGACCGAGCUGCUUAGGGAGCUCAAUUCGGCGGAAAUCGCGAGGGAGAGCGAAACUUCGACCCUGUUCCGCGCGGCGUCGCUAGCGACGACGCUGAUGGACCUCUACAUGAAGUCGGAGUGCGGGGGGUUCCUACAGGCGGCCGUCUUGGAGAUUGUGCUGAGGUUACUGGAGAGUAAACAGAGUGCCGAGCUUAAUCCCGCCAAGAUGGACUCCUUGGACGACGCGUGCAACAACGCCGAGUUCCUCUUGCAAAUUUUAGAUCAGGUCACCCUGAGCAUUUUCAUGUCGUCCGACGCCUGUCCCAGGUCGGUGAGGUACAUAUGCGGCUGUCUGCAGAAGAGCGUGCUCGAGAAGUGGCCCGACGAGAGGUUCGUCAGGACCAGGGUGGUGUCGGGUUUCAUCUUCCUGAGACUGCUCUGCCCCGCCCUGUUGAACCCGCGACAGUUCGGCCUGGUGGGCGAACAGCCCAACCCUUUCGCCACCAGGAGCCUGGUCAUGGUCGCCAAGUGUCUGCAGAAUCUGGCCAAUCUGGUGGAGUUUGGAGGGAAGGAACCCUACAUGGAGGUGGUGAACCCGUUCAUCCUGAAGAACAAGGAACGGAUGAUAGUCUUCCUGGAUUCCCUAUCGAUGGUGGCCGAUCCCGGCGAACCCAGGAUAACGUCGAAGCCGGACACCGCCAAAGAACUGGCGACGUUGCACCACAUCUGCGUGUCGCAUCUCAACGAGCUGCAGGCGGUCGCCAAGACCAGCUCCAACAUCAAGACCCUGGUCACGGUCACCGACAUGCUGGCCAAGCACAAACAGAAAUAUCUGGAGAUGAUCAGAUAGUAGUAGUGAUCGUCGCAGGUCAGGUACUCGAACGCUGUCGUAUUUUUUUAUUUCUCACGUAAUUUGUAUAUCUCUAUUGGAAAGUGUGCGUGAACGCAUAUUUUUAUACUUUUCUAUAUGUUAACUUCUUUAUGCGGUCGGUUGCGCGGCGUUGACAGACGGGGUUAUGUCAAAUCUGUCAAACGGCAACGCCGCACAGCCGAGGGGACGAAGGAUUGAGCUUUUAGCGGUUUUUUUUAUUUAAUUUGAAAAAGAUAUCGGUACCGAUAGGGUGAAGAAUUGAUGAACGUUAUUACAAAUUUUAUACUUUGAUAUGAAGAUUUUUAUAGACUUCCAUCGAGUGGUAGUAUACUGCUUUUCGUUAUAAGACUGUCCUGGAAAAUAUUCUAAGUCACAAUUCGUGUGUAGAGUAGAAAAUUAAUUAUAUUUGUUACUAAUUCCGAUCGAAUGGCGCAUCCACAAUCAAUCUUUUCUUUAAACUGUUUAACUUUGAUUUUUUUGUUUUUCCCAUCACAAACUACUCAAUUUCAGUGAAGCACCACAGUUUAAACUCAACAAAAAAUCUGGAUAAAGCAGCUCCUGGUCUAUAAAGUAAACGAUAAAUGAAACACAAGACAUCGAUGAAAAAUUUUUAUUAUCACGAAGCACUUAUCACAGGAAAACCAAAAUACACGUAACAUUUCGUAAUAAUAACAAUAAUAAAAACCACAUUUAUCACAGAAAGAAGUUACAGGUAUCGAUAGUGACAUUAAGAAGACAGCUUCGCCGAGCUCGCGGAAAGUGACGUGCAACUGUCAAAUUUUUAGGUUAUCUCCCCUAACUUCUACUAGGAGUCGUGUUUGGCGAGCUCGGCUCGGUUCGGAUUCGUUGUACGCCGCCGGACUUGUGGAUGUGCACAUUACUUCAGUUCUUAACGAGCUUGUAGAGGGGAGAAACAGACUGGGAUCCGUUCGUCGGUCGGAUCCGACGCUGUUUCCGCUGAGAUUGAGUCUAUUCGUCAAUUGGGUGACUAGAUAAAUAGCACAGAUUUAAAUAUCCGUUAGAUUUAGAAGAAAGAGUAGAACGAUGUAUAGAGAAAAUUAUCAACAAAGGUCUAUGUGCUCCGGAUCGGUCACAGAAACGUCGGACGAAGUCUCACGCGUUUUUAUUAUUUCUCACAGGGGGCGUUGAUGCUAAAUUUCGUGUUAUUCCGAACACCCUGUACCUUAAGUCUGUAACGAACAGAUCGAAUCGCUCAAGGUUAGCUUCCCCGACGUUUCUGCGACCGUUCGGAGGUGUAAGCUUCGAAAUAUUGGUUCUGUGAUCUGAUUAACGUUGUUUAAGUUGAAUCUUUCUAACACACUAAACAUUUUUAGAGAUCUCAACAACGGGUGGAAUUGUUUGUACGACAAAAAUUUCAUUUCAACCUUGGUAACCUUGUUCUGUAUUCCUACGUUGCAUCACAAACGUUUUUCUAGUCCAAAAAUUCAACAAUGAUGUGUGAGAAUUUUAAUAAUUAUAUUCCUGUGUGAGAAAGGCGGGGGGAGGGGGGGUAAAAGCGCGUUUGGACGAUUUUCUGAGUCAUUCUUGUUUUUUGUUAGGACUGAUUUAGAAUGGUGUGUGUACCAUCAUCGUGUUAUGACGCAUUAUUAUAUAAAUGAGAAUCGAUGACUUAUUACACUUGUCGAUCAUCAAUGUAUACUAUUCUUUUAAAUAUUUCUAUGUACUUUUAUAUUGAAAAUUAAAGUCAUUAUAUUAGA